GCAACAGCUCGCCCAUAAACUAACACUCUGUCCAGCUUUCCGACACUCUUUCCCCCUCUUACGUUCCUUCACAUGAAGCCAUGGGCUUCAAACGAAACAGAAACUUCCAAAUAGACGGCAGUGUCGUCAACGAUAGUCCAGGAAACGGCAAUACCUUUUCAACGCACGUUGGGAACAACUACCAUCAACAUUUCUCUGGAACUGAGCCAGGCCUUUCAAAUUUAUCCAGCCGGGUCGCCUUCAAUGCUCUUCAUGAUGCAGAAGCUCGUUACCCUCAGCCCAACGUUUUAGCUGGUACUCGGCAAGAGAUCAUACAGAUACUGAGUAGUUGGUGCGAGGAUGACUCGAAGAGCAGCAGAGUGUAUUGGGUCAAUGGUGCUGCUGGAGUAGGGAAGUCUGCGAUUGCACAAGCACUUUGCGAAAAGUACACCCAAACCGGACAACUAGCUGCCGAAUUCUUUUUUUCAAGGAACGAUUCCAGUCGGGAUAACCUUGAUCCAUUUGUCGAUACCAUUGCCCAUCAGCUUGCGACUUGCAAAGCCCUUAAACCCCUCAUCGCACCUCUCAUCGACCACGUCAUCCGCUCAACGCCUGGGAUCCUGCAUAAAACUCUGGAGGAUCAGUUCAAAAUGUUGAUACAAGAACCGUGUGCUCAGGUAGACCCAAGGUAUUGGGCUCAACUUCCACGACUUGUCAUCAUCGAUGGCGUCGACGAAUGCAUCGAUGUGGAGUCUCAGAAGAGACUGCUCCAGAUGAUUCAAAACGUGACUCCCACUCUUCCCCUUAACUUCCUCAUAUUCAGCCGACCAGAGCUGCAUAUCUCUCGCAUCUUCUCUCACGAAUCCUUUAUUCCACAUCCUUCCUGCUUGGCAUUGGGUGAUUUUGCCGAGUCCGUUCGGGCUGAUAUAAAACUAUAUCUUUGCGGUGCAUUCGCUCGCAUCCGGGAGGAGCAUCGGCACACCCUAGACAUCUCAUCACAGGCUUCGUGGCCUGGUGACUCCGUGAUUGACCAGCUGGUAUCCAAAGCCACCGGACAGUUCAUAUUUGCAACCACCACAACGAAGUAUAUCGACACGGGAAAACUGCCCGUAACACCCGUGCUGCGGUUGGACGUUAUACUUCGUGCGAAAAGAGUGGCGAACUCUCCAUCUCCCUACCCCGACCUGGAUCUGCUAUAUUCUCAGAUCCUAAAAUACUGUGGCUAUGAAGGCAGGAAGCUCCUGGAGGUUUUGCGGUUGAUCGUGAGUCCUUUUGAUAAGGAAGGCGACUUGCAAGAUCCCUUUCGGUUCGAUGACUCGCCUCCAGCUUUGCAAAGCUUAUGUGCUCUCGAACAACUUCUGGAACUGAGCCAAGGCGAGGCCGCUGCCCUCUUAUCUGGUUUACAUUCGAUUCUCGCCAUCCCUUCAUCCAAAACAGAAAAGAUAGUUGUUUUGCAUGCGUCCUUUUCCGAGUUUCUCCUCGACACACAACGCGCGGGUGUGUACCACGUGGGGACAAAGCUUUCCUCCCAGGAGUGGAUGCAAGUACUCAUUCCAUACCAAAUUCGAAUGCUUUCCCGUUAUUGUGUUGAAUAUAAUCAUUGGUCUAUCCAAAGCCCCCGAAUUUAUGGGGGUGACGAUGUCGAUCUCGGUUCACUCAACGUUUGGAGGUUUCUAUACGAAAAUUGGACAACUAUCGCUGCCAAUGACCAGAUCACAGCGGCUCUCAAUGUAUUCGAUCCUCAUUUAUACCUCACUACAAUAAUUUAUUGGGGUUACAAAGAAGGCUUUUUCGGACUUUUCACGGUCCAAAGGGGACUCGAAACUUACACCCACGACGAAGACUAUAUAAUAGCAGUGCAAAUGCAAAUAAGCAUGUUCUACGGUGCUUAUCGAAAGUUGAAGGUGUUGAAGAUAUCCGAUAAACGCUCUCGUAGCUGCCUUCAGGAUUUCUUCACCAGGUGCAAGUCUUUCUUUCGCGGUUUCUACGUGUCAUUCCCUAGUCACAUUAGUGACACUCUGGAAGAAGCUGUAAAAUACAUGCUCGUCGUAUGCCAUUUAUCCAUAUCCCGCCUCCCAUACCACCUCAUGGAAUACUCCUUCUCAACGACAGUACAGGGCCGCUACCCUGUUCGCAAGUGGAUAAUCCGAGUCCUACCUUCUAAUAAUGGUGUCGCGAUCCCAUCCAGAUGGGAGGUCAAAUACAUCGACGCAACCGAAGGGCAGCUUCUUCGCAAGCUUCUUGAACUCCCUUGCUUCAAUUCGUCGGUUAAUUCACAAAGAAUCAUGAAAGCUUUGGGUUCGACUGAUAUUGAACACUGGACACAUGAAGUCGCUCGGUUGGAUUGGAAAAAGACAUGGAAAACUUAUUUGCUAGGAAAGGUGGCUCAGUCAAUGCAGAGGAAGCGGGUGAUGGGUAAGGUAGUCUAUUUGGAAGACGAACAUGAUUCAGAAUGCCAUUCGGUGCUUUCGCCACCUGUAUAGUUGCUCCGACAGUUAUGCACAAAUGAUACAGGAAGCAUGUCGACCUGCCAAGACACAUGGCCCUUCUCUUCGAUAAGUUCGAUUGGACUUGGUCUCAUAUUCCUGCGAGUGCCGAUAAUAGAUGCAGGGGACCCAAAGAUGUUGUGCGCGAAGGGAAAUUGGGCAACCACUGGCAGAAUGCCAUAGUUAACAGUUCUAUCCUCCGGCUCGAAGAUGUUGUUGGCGUACGAAAGUUGCAAACGCACCGUCCAGGGCCCCCAGAUGCUCCUCGUUACAACGACAGAAACUUAGUAUACAAGUUUCGCGAAGUAGUAUCCGCCGAAGCUCGAGCCGUUCCAAGUGCUUCUAGGAGUAGUUAUGCGGAGCUAUUACUGCUGAGAAUCCGAUGAGGUUAAGGGUCCUCCUGUUCCUGUUACCCUUUAGCUGCAGAGGGCGACUCACCCUCGUCCAAGCUCUCUAUACAUGUCGGACACCAAGAAAUAGACAUGUUCAAAGAACCACCACAGGGUUCUUCCGAGCCAAAUAGAGUAACGAAGUGGGUUCACAACGGAAGCACGAUACGUAGGUAACACAAUUCUCCCGAGUAGUAUCUGUAUAUACAACACCAACGAGGGGUUCAGCCCCUCAAAUAAAUAGAGAAAAGAAUGUCUCGACACUAGAAGUUGAAAUGAUAAAUCAAAGACCGUGGUGCAGCAU